AACUAGUUGCUGGAGGCUGGGCUCCUGUGGCCUCCUCUGGUUGCAUAUGCUACCUCCCCAUCUCCCAGUUGUGUGGGGCCAGAGGCGUUCGGAGCCUGCUUCUGUGCUCGCCGGCUGCUGGGUGCAAAUUAGACUAUUUCAAAAGCUGAAGCUGAAUGUAAUGUUAAAUAAUGGCAACAGGUGACUUAAAGAGAAGCUUACGGAACCUAGAACAAGUUCUCCGCUCGCUAAACUAUCCUCAAGAGGUGGAUUGUGUAGGUUUGGUAAAGGGAGAUGUAGCAGCAUCUUUGCCCAUCAUCAGCUAUUCCCUUACCUCAUAUUCACCUUACGUGGCAGAACUUCUGAUGGAAUCCAAUCUAGAGCUCACAGCAAAGAAUGACUUGCGCUUUAUAGAUACUGUCUAUAAGCUUCUUCGUGAUCACUUUAAUUAUAAACCAAUCUUGACAAAAAAGCAGUUUAUCCAGUGUGGAUUUGCAGAAUGGAAAAUCCAAAUUAUUUGUGAUAUUUUGAAUUGUGUGAUGAAAAAGCACAAAGAGCUGAGUAGUCUUGAGAAGACUCCAUCACAACAAAGAAAGAAAACCAGUUCUGUUAAGCCAGAACCUUCUUCAAACAGUGAGAAGACAUCUACAGAACCUGUUGGCAUUGACAUCACUGGCAGGUUUAUGACUUCAGGAAAGGUAUCUUCCUUGUCCGUAAUCUGCUUUGAGCACCUGUGGCUGAAUGAGUCCUGCAAGAAAGCUGUGGUGAUUCGUCACCUGUAUAAUGAAGAUGGUGUCAACAUUCCUGAAGAUACGUUAAGCACAGUAACCGAUGUCAAUGAAGUGUUUGAUGUGUGUAACUUAAAGGAUACUGAAAUAAAAGUUACCGAAGAAAAGCUCCCUGAAAUCAAGUCUGAGCAACAAGAUAUAAAAGUUAAUUCUGAGAUUACUGCACUACAGACUAUGCUUGCUGAAUGCCAAGAAAAGCUUAAGAAACUGACUUGGAUAGAGAGUAGAUUAGACUCUUUGGAAGAAAAAAUGAAAGGACAAGUGAUGGUAAAUGAAAAAACUUGGACUAAUCUUCUAAGUCGUGUCACUCUCCUUGAAACAGAAUUGCUUUUGUCCAAAAAGAAUGAUGAAUAUAUAGAGUUUAAUGAAAUGAAUGAAGACUAUGCUUCUCGUAGUGACCUGGAUAUUCUGAAACCUGAUAUAAAAAGCAAAGAGAGAGAAGCAAGUAUUCCUCUGUCCUCUGCUCCUAGUACAGUAUCAGUAGAUUCAACUCCCAGAACCUCAACUAUUAAUUACUGUGGUUUGAAAGAUAUUUCAGAGGAAACAACAAUCCAGAAAAUGGAAAGGAUGAAAAAAAUGUUUGAAGAAACUGCAGAGUUACUGAAAGGUUCAAAUCACUAAUUAUAGAAUUUUCUACGUGAACUUCUGUAGGACUUUGGCUACUGUACAUGUUGUAUAUUUUAAGAAUUCUCUACAAAUUUUAAUAUACUGCAAUAUUUUUAUUAAGAAUUUAAAUUCCAUUUGGUAUCUGAGCUUUUUCAUUCAAUAGUGAAUAAAUACUUAAAUAUUUUUACACUACGAUUAUAUGGCUUUACUCUGUUUUACUUUUCGUAGGAAAACUCAUGUGCCAGUACAUUUCUUUUACUGAGUGAAGUCAUUACAGCACUGUAUUUUUGUGUUGACAUUUGUUGGCAGUGUGCUAAGUAAUACGUUUUUCAAAGUACAGGCUUCAGGACCAUAGUUUACAUCCUGUUGGAAAUACUCCAACUGCGACUUGCAUAUUGUACCCAGGAGGCUGUUGUACAUACCAUCUUGCCAUCUGUACUGAUGAAUAUGUUGCAAUGAAAAGUUUAAAAUGAUCAUUGAAAAUUAAAUAAAACAAAAAUACAACAAUUUCAUGCUUAGUCAAAAAGCAGCAACACAUUUUCAGUUCACAUUGAGAAAGUAAGGGUAUGAUUCUCUUUUGGUAUUGAGAAGCAGGUCGGAAAGUUCACGGUGAAAAAUGUGUUGAGUAUUUUAGUGCUCUAUUCUGUAACACAUUUUAAGACCAGCAGCACAGACACAGAUGGUGGCUGUCCAGUAUUACAAGAUACACAGUGAGGUUUUUUUUCUUCUUUUUAAGUGAUGGGAAGUAAUAGAUUUUUCUGGACAGAGAAAAAGUCCUAGGUGAAGUUAAAUCAAGAGUAAAAUGAAAUUCACUUUAAAUUACUCGAUAAAUUAUUAUUUUUUAAACUUAACAAAUGAAAAAUGUAACAAUUGUCUUGGGUAAUCUUGAAAACUGAUUCCAUUAUUUGGGAGGAAAAAAGGAAAGUCUUUUUUUCUUUUUUAUUAUUUACUUCAUUCCAUUCUAUUUUACUUAUUCAUCUGUUUACAUUACGUAGGUAUAAUCUGAAAUUUGUCACAUAAAACUUGAAGUUAAAAUUCUAAGUAGAAAUAACUUAAAAUAUUUGUAGUAUUCUAAUACAUGCUUAAGUCAUUAGACUUGAAAAUUAUGAAAUUUUGAAAUUAAUAUAUAAUCUUGAAUUUAGUAAAGUUUCAGUAUUUCUAGAAAAAAAUCCAAUUAGUUUUAUAUUUUCAAUUACAAAAAAUUUAUAAAAAUCAAGAGCUUAAAAUUAUAAUAGAAAAAACUAUCAACUUCUAAAAAUAUUAGUGCUAGCCUGGGAUUAUAGCACCACCUUGUGGUUCAUAUGCCACAAAAAGUAAUUUAUCUUUUCAUUAAAACAAAUGAUUUCCUAUAAAACAUAAGUCAUAUUUUCCCUUUUGAAAAACUCAAUUCCAAAUUCAACUCAAUUUAGUUUAAAAAGAAACAUUUUUGAAGUUUUGCGCAAGACAGGAGAAAAAAUAAGUCUCCUUUUCUCUCUUCCCUUCCUCUCUUAAAUUUUUAAAAUUUUUUAAUUAUAAUUGGCAUUCUGUUCCCUUUCUUCUUUAUAUAGUGUGCAUCUACACACAAUUAUAUUUUUUGAAACAUUUUUAGUCUCCUAAUUUACACGUAGUGUGCAAAUUGUUAGUAUCAAUUGAAAACAUAGUAAAAGAUGUCUUACAUUAUCAAGUGGAAAUUUGGAAUCCAAAUUUUAUUAUACUUAUAUAUAAGAAUUUAAACAAGAAUUAAUAAAAUCAGCUCAUAGUAACACCAUACAUUUACACUUACAAAGAAUCUCACUCUACUACUUUGGCAGCAUAAUCUUUGGGUAAAAGAAAGCAAAUUUUACUUUGUUGAAGUUAUUGAAGAGAUAGCCAAAUUAUUUAUUAUUCUAACUUUUUUAGAAAUUGUAGAAAAAGUUAAGUUUUCUCUUUUAGGCAAUUUGGUAAGUAGCUUGUGGUCAUAAACCAGCCCCUUCCGAGUAAUUAAGUUCUUGAGAAAGUGAGGGAGGAGAGUCCUGGAGAGAUUAUUUGGGGCUACAUAAUUAAACUCUUAGUUAACUGGAAUUUUCACUAACUCCAUCUCUUUAAUUCUCUCAUAAGCUGGAUGAAAGGUAUUUAUUAUACUAACAGACCUCAGCAGUUUGUGCUGCCCUACUGUUCUAUGCUCUGAGUAGAUCUGAAUGGAGAUCAUACAGGAACACCAUAAAGAAUGCAUAAAGUAAGUUACAAGUCAGAACAGAUUAAAAAGAAGUAACAUCAACUAUAGGAAAAUUCUAGGUGGAGCUAAGGACUGUAUAUUUUUUAAAAUUUUUAUAAGAGUUUAUUUGAACCAAACUGACGACAUAUGCUGGGGAGCAAGAUCUCAAAUGCUCCUGCUAAGGACAAGUAAGUGGGAAAAAGUGGUUCUAUAUUUUUUUGUUUGUUUUACUCUAGCAUGUAAUGUUUUAACAUGUAAUAC